AUGAGGCUGCUCAAGACGGACAACCUCCAGUUUGAGGAAUGCCAUGACGGUCGAACACUAGCGUAUGCAAUCCUGUCCCACCGCUGGCGUGAGCCCGAGCUCUCGUACCAGGAUAUGUGUCGCAUUAUCGAGCAUGGCAUUGACCCGCACGGGCCGAAGAUACCAAGCUACCGCAAGAUAAUGAGCUGCCGUGAUCAGGCGCAGAGGAACGGUCUCAAAUACAUAUGGGUCGAUACCUGUUGCAUUGACAAAGCCAGCAGUGCCGAGUUGCAAAAGGCUAUCAACUCUAUGGGGCAAUGGUACGCAGAAUCGGCAAUAUGCUACGCCUAUCUCGACGACGUCGACCUUUCCAGUGUUCCCCAAGGUCCUCCUGGCAGAUUCCAGCACGAAGUCUACAAAGCUUUGCACAGUUCUGAGUGGUUCACGCGAGGCUGGACGCUCCAAGAAGCUACGGCGGGCCCGCUCAGCUAG